AAUUCCCCCGGUGCGAUGGAUAUAUACCGAGUACUUGCUCCACAUUCAAGCAGUUGUAGCCAGACCGCCUCCGAGAGUGCACGCAAUAUCUUGGAAGUUCCGUACCCAGUUCCAAUAUCUUGGAAGUUCCACUGCUCUCACGUAAAUUUGUCUCGCCCGUGCGAUGAACUGUUUACGUCUUGCCCUCGUCUUAACCCUGGGUCUCCUCCUGUGUUCGGAGGUGGCUGCACAGCGUGGCAGAUUCCCAUGGCGCGACAGAUUACAAAGAGGAGGACGCUGUCCCCCUGUACGGAUUGGCUGCCCGCCCGUUGCUUUCGGAAUUCAGCCGCUUAGGUGCUCCUCGGACAGCGAGUGUCUGGCGGGCCGCAAGUGCUGCUUUGAUGCCUGUGUCCAGACUGAAGUGUGCAAAGCCACCGUCUAGCGGACCACCGGGAAAGGAAAGGAAUUACCAGGAGAA